AUUUUCACAAGCAACACGCCCACGCAAAUACCCGCGUACAUAUACAUAUAUUACCAGUGUAUUUUAUUACAAAUUACCUACUUAUUUAUUAGAAAUGACUUGUCUCAGCAAGACACAGUGGAUACUGUGCAUCUUGAUGGGGUUGAGCGCCCUAGCAAUUCAUGUCAUCCUCGAUGCAUUCUAUCAUCCUUAUGAUCCGCCUGCUUGUAGCAUGUCCUAUGCUCGGCCAUCGUAUCAUCAAAUUCCAAAUGUUGUUUCUCGCCUCUCUGAAAAAUACACACUCUAUCUUUAUCGUGAAGUUACCGUUGAUCGAGAAGAUUUGAGUGGUGUACCCGUUCUUUUUAUCCCAGGACAUGCUGGUAGUUACAAACAAGUGCGAUCCAUAGCGGCCCAAGUAGCCAAUCAUUACUACUAUGAAAUUCCUCUUCAUGAAGGAAGUGCAUCGAUGGAUAUUUUCACAGUUGAUCUUAAUGAAGAGUUUUCUGCCCUGAGCGGCCAAUUACUCCAGGAUCAAGCGGAGUAUUUGAAUAGUGCAGUCUCUCGUAUUCUUGAAUUCUAUCCUUCGGCUUCAUCUGUAAUGGUGCUGGCACAUUCUAUGGGCGGUAUUGUAGCAAGAACCAUGUUUACGUUACCAAAUUAUCAACCAGGAAAUAUCAACACUAUCAUAACCUUGGCUACUCCACACGCCACAGCCCCAUUGGUCCUGGAUCCUACACUGGAUAGGCUAUAUCGGUCAAUGGAGACAUUCUGGAAAGAAGGUUAUGCUAAUGGAACAUUAAAUGAUGUCAGUGUAAUAUCGCUAGCAGGUGGCAGUCUUGACACAACCGUAAACUCGGAUUCCGCAAGUGUGGCAGACUGGGUUCCUGAAUCGCAUGGUUUGACUGUAUUCACAACUGCAAUUCCGAAUGUGUGGACAGGGUGUGAUCACAGAGCAAUUUUAUGGUGCAAUCAACUCGUCAAAGUAGUUGCCGCUAUGAUGGCUGAGGUUGUAGACCAGCGUAAACCACAGCAAACUAUCCCAGUAGAGCAACGUAUGGCUGUGUUUCGCCGGCAUCUUGGUCUCAGGCCCCAGACACAUCCUUGGGUUCAUUCUUCUUCACUUCGCAACCUUCAGCUCCGUACCAAGAUCAAUCAAAGAGGUCCCACCAAACGACAAGGAAUAAGAAUUCUCGUCG